CCUGAGGACAUCGUGUCCCCUCCCGGCAGAGCUGCAGGAGCCAGGAGAGGCCGUGUAUGCAGGGCUGUGCUCGGACAGAGUGCUCGGACAGCCAUGGCCACGGCGGGCACCGCGCUGCUGCUGCUGAGCCUCGCCCUGCUGCCCGCGGAUGCUGCGCCCUGCGGAGCCCAGCGCCCCGACAGCUCCACGGCAUCCGAGUUCAUUUGGAAAUAUUUCACCUUGUCGCUGCAAAUGCCAGAGGGAGAACUAGCAGCACUAUCAGUUUUGCCACGGGGAGGGUGGAAAUCUCAGAGUUUCUGCUGUCACCACCCUGUCCCUCCCUCCCCACAGCUGCUGGGGACGUGGCUGUACCUGGCAGGGGCUGCCCAGUUCCCCCAGCACCAAGUGGAGAUGCUGCUCAUCGAUCACGCCUUCCUGCGCUUGGAGCCCGGUGCCAGCAGGCAGCAGCUGCUCAUCAGCCACUACGUGGCCGUGGGGGACCAAUGUUUUACCAACAACCUCACCUACCUGGAAGUCAGUGUCGGUAAUGCCACGCUGGUGAAGGACGCCAAGACCCAGCAAACUGAGGGGAUGCUGAUGAACAUGAGCUCUGAAAACCUUUUACUCAUCCAGUACCAAAUGCAGAAGGACAGGACGUAUUUGGGGCAGUAUCUCUAUGCCCGGAAUCUGAGCAUAAGCACAGCGGACCGGGAGGAAUUUGAGCACCACGUGGAGUGCCUGGGGCUGAGGGCAGAGCAGAUCGUGUAUGCACCUUGGAAAACGGAGAUGUGUCAAGUGAAAGCUGAAGGCAGCAGGAGCAGCCCACAGGCAGAGCCCGUGGCUGCAGUGACAGCAUCACCUGCCCCAGGUGCUCCCUGGCCUGGGAGCGCAGGGAACUGACCCCACACAGGGCAAUAAACGCUUUCUUCAAAUCA